UGGGGACAGCGAGGACAACGGGGACAUUGAGGUCAAUGAAGACACUGGAGACACCAGAGGCAUUGAGGUCAUCAGGGGCAUUGAGGACCUUGGGGGCAACGGGGGCAAUGAGGACAUUGAGAACACUGGAGACAUGGGGGGCAAUGGGGACAUCGGGGUUGAUGGGGACAUUGGGGUCAAUGAGGACAUCGGGGUUGAUGGGGACAUCAGGGUUGAUGGGGACAUUGGGGUCAAUGGGGACAAUGGGAUCAAGGGGGUUAAUGGGGACAAUGGGGUCAAUGGCAUCAGUGGGGUUCAUGGCAUCAAUGGGGACAAUGGGAUCAAGGGGGUUAAUGGGGUCAAUGGGGUCAAUGGCAUCAGUGGGGUUCAUGGCAUCAAUGGGGUCAAGGGGGACAAUGGCAUCAAUGGGGACAGUGGGGACAAUGGCAUCAAUGGGGACAUCGGGAUCAAUGGGUCAAUGGCAUCAGCAUCAAUGGGGACAUCAAAUGGGGACAUUGGGAUCAAUGGGAUCAAUGGGGACAAUGGCAUCAAUGGGGACAGUGGGGACAAUGGCAUCAAUGGGGACAUUGGGAUCA